CUCAUGACCACGUGACCAGAAACAUCUCCUAGUUUAGCAACCUGCUUCUGUUCUGCCUCGUUUAAUUCAUGUAGCUAAACUUGCUGCUAGGUGUUCGUUUGUCUGUAGCCAUGUCGUUUGUCAGAGCGAUUUUAAGACUAUUUGCAGUCGCCACAGUCGCCGUCCUGGUCGUGCUGUUGCUACGGUACUGGAUGGCCACCAAGACGUAUGUUUUCAACAAAGAAGACAUCGCCAAGUUGGCGAAGCAAUACGCGGGGCAAGACCAUGAGCAGGCGUUCUCCAAAGUGGUAUUGGAGCUCAGAAAGAGGUAUCCAGGCCACAUUCUGCCUGAUGAAGACUUGCAGUGGGUGUUUGUGAAUGCUGGAGGAUGGAUGGGCUCCAUGUGUCUCCUCCAUGCCUCGCUCACUGAGUAUUUACUACUGUUUGGUACUGCUGUGGACACAGGAGGACACUCAGGUCGAUAUUGGGCUGAAAUAUCUGACACUAUCAUCUCCGGCACAUUCCGGCAGUGGAAGGAGGGGACUACUAAGAGUGAAAUCUACUAUCCAGGUGACUUCAUUGUUCAUGAAGUGGGAGAAGCUACAUCAGUCCAGUGGAGCGCUGGGACUUGGAUGGUGGAGUACGGAAGAGGUUUCAUUCCCUCGACUCUUGGCUUUGCUCUUGCAGACACUCUGUUCAGCACCCAGGACUUUGUCACCAUGUUCCACACCAUACAUAUUUACACAAAGGCUCUGCUGCUCGAGGCCGCUACGCUCCUCACAGAGGCUGGAGUUUUCUGAAGGCUGGUGGAGGACCAGAGGCUCGCACAUGGACUCAAAAGCUCCUCCUCGACUAAAAUCUGGAACGAGGAGACACUCCACCUGUAGUUCAGACAAUCAUAUUAGCAGCUAAUGUUGUCCUCAUUAAAAAUCUGUCCUCUGUAAAGGAGGAACACAGUUCUUGUCUCAACAGGAGCGGUGAGAAUUCAAACAGGUUUAUCUAAUUUAUCCAAAUCACAGACGUCCAACUUUUCAUUCAGGUUCAAAACCCCAGAGGUUAGCAAUGAGACUGUGCACUUUACUUUGCUCAGUAAGUAUUCUGAGGGCUUAGACUGCCUCCAUAGUCACCAAGGUCUUCAAUGUAUUUAAAAAAAUAAUACACCUGAUAUUAGAAUCUGGCUUAAAAUAAAUACCCUAGGCCUUACAGCUUCUGUGGUCAGUGUGAGAUUAUUCUGAGAAUAACUUGGUUUAUGCAACCAAAGGUGGAAACAUGUUAGUUUUCAGCAACUUUCACAAGAAAAUGCAAUGCAAAUGCUGUAAACAUUGAUUUAAUAAAAAAAAUUAUGCAUUUGAAAUGCAGAAAUCGUUAUCUAAAUGACUUGUUUAGAUGCAUGUGGAUUCUCUGUAACUGAGAAUCUUGUAGAAACUGCCAUCAGAAUCUGUCUUUAGCCGUCUUAAUAUCAGAAACCAAACCAGCAAACUGAAGUAAAGCAAAAGUUUUUACUCUGACAGCAGAUUUUAGUAUUUGGUUUUACUUCCUUCUAUCCAUUGAUCUUUUUUUGAUUAAGGCAAGUUUUGAGUUCAGAAGAGUGUAUGGUGAAAUAUCAUUUUCCUUCAGGUACUGUUGGUAAAUAAACUUUAUACAACACCCCUCAAAAUAAAAACCUCAAGGUGCUUCACGAUAAAAAUAUAGGCAAACAACACAAAACGUGUAUCUUUCUUUGAAACUGUUGGUACAGGUCCAGUACAUAAUGACACUAUCCUAAAAGAUCUCAAAGAAAUGUCUAAAAGUGUUUGGGCAGAAAAUAAAACUAUGUUCACUUCUAAAUAUUUAGCAAAAAUGAAAUGCACUUUUGUUGUCUUGAUCGUAGAAGGCCUCUAACAAAACUGCCUUACUGUGAGAACCAUUAUUUGGACAACCUGUGCCAGAUAGAAUAAAAUAUUUUGCACUAAUGCAA